AUGGCAAAGCUCACUGAUGAUGCCGGCGAAACGUUUGAAAAUGUACCAAGUCGACUGUCUGAUGCUGGGAAUCAUGACAACUACGAUGGCAGACGACUUCGGACUAGUAAGGCCUGCCCUGAUUUGGAUGGCUACUUCAACCUUACUCUACAUGGAGGUUGUUUGACCUUGUUUUCGCAACUUGGUCAUGUUUGGUAUGAAGACGUGGAGGAACGCACCCAAUCCGGAGUCCAUUUCUAUCCAACAGCCCCAACUACUACCACUCCUUACUACUACUACUACUACUCCCUAUUACUACUCCCUUUUCUACACUCUUGCCUCCUAUUCACGACUUUGGUGGUGCUGUUAAUUUCUACAGCCUCCCUAAUCCAACGCUUUUACCUAAAGUACCCGAAACCGAAACCCACAAAAAGUUGUGUUUUCGACCGGUCCAUUGAGUGUCCUGUAUUGCCAGAAUGUGUUCAACCAGCUCAGAUUCUUGGAGCCACACACUUUUACAAGCGGUUUUGUCUUCACAUAAUCUCUUCUGGAUGGCUCCGCAGGUCUUCACCGCAUAGAACUCAUCAAAUGAGCACAAAACCUUGCAGCAGCCUGGUCCAGAAAGAGGGUCUGAAUAUUCUCUAA